GCCGCCGCCGCCGCCGCCGCCGCCUCCGCUUCGGAGCUUGGGCAGUUUUAGGGGCCGCGGCCGCAGGCAGGAAAGCGCCCCUCUUUCUCCUCGCCGAAGCUCAGCCUAAUUCCCCAUGACCGCCCCCGGCCCCGCAGCCGACGGACGUCGCCCCAGCAUCCGGAUCUAACACGGAAGCCCGGGUCAGGGGCCGCGGGGGGAGGAGGAGGGCGACCCGGUCGGACCCGCGUCCCUCUUCGGCUCGCGCGGCGCUUCGGCCGGAGCCAUGACCUCGCUGACCCAGCGCAGCUCGGGCCUGGUGCAGCGGCGCACCGAGGCCUCCCGCAACGCCGCCGACAAGGAGAGGGCGGCGGGCGGCGGCGGCGGCAGCGGCGAGGACGACGCGCAGAGCCGCCGCGACGAGCAGGACGACGACGACAAGGGCGACUCCAAGGAAACCCGGCUGACCCUGAUGGAGGAGGUGCUCUUGCUGGGUCUCAAGGACCGAGAGGGUUACACAUCAUUUUGGAAUGACUGCAUAUCAUCUGGAUUACGUGGCUGUAUGUUAAUUGAAUUAGCAUUGAGAGGAAGGUUGCAACUAGAGGCUUGUGGAAUGAGACGUAAAAGUCUAUUAACAAGAAAGGUGAUCUGUAAGUCGGAUGCUCCCACAGGGGAUGUUCUCCUUGACGAAGCUCUGAAGCACGUUAAGGAGACGCAGCCUCCAGAAACCGUGCAGAACUGGAUUGAAUUACUCAGCGGUGAGACUUGGAACCCAUUAAAAUUGCAUUAUCAGUUAAGAAACGUGCGGGAACGAUUAGCUAAAAACCUGGUGGAAAAGGGUGUAUUGACAACAGAGAAACAGAACUUCCUACUUUUUGACAUGACGACACAUCCUCUUACCAACAACAACAUUAAGCAGCGUCUCAUCAAGAAGGUACAAGAAGCAGUUCUUGACAAGUGGGUGAACGACCCUCACCGCAUGGACAAGCGCUUGCUGGCCCUCAUCUACCUGGCCCACGCCUCGGAUGUCCUAGAGAACGCCUUCGCUCCUCUUCUGGAUGAGCAGUAUGAUUUAGCCACCAAGAGGGUGCGGCAGCUUCUCGACCUAGACCCGGAGGUGGAGUGUCUGAAGGCCAGCACCAAUGAGGUUCUGUGGGCGGUGGUGGCGGCGUUCACCAAGUGACUGCUUGGGACGAAGCAUUCUCCUUUCUCCCGUGUAAACCAGUAGUUUUUUCUUCUACUGACUUCUGGUUUUCUGCAGUUUGUACUUUCCCAUACUGUAAUUGGCUUUUGUUUUAGAAAAUGGUGGGUGGCUUUUUCUUUUUCCUAUGUAUGCAGGAUUCUGCUGGUACGAGAGGCCUUCCUCUUUCUGUUUUUAACAACGUUUUACUGCCAUAUUGGCAUUCCAGUCCCUGUUGGCAGUCUCACUGCUACCUGCUUUGGGGUUCUGGUACUUUGGCUUUCAGAGUACCCCAGGCCGCCUCCUCACAUGCACAGCUUUUGGAUCCCCUCAGCUUGAGUCUCCCACAUGUGCAUGUCCAUCUCAUGUUCCGCCUACGGUUCAGACAAGCGUCACACACGGCCUUCAGCUCACCAAAGGUAAAUAUCUGUAUCUAUUAGGACAUUUUAUACAUAGACCUCAGUUGAGAGAUGUAUACUUAGCAAAAUUAUUUUUAAAUUGAAACAGCAAAUACUUAAUAUAAAAUGCCCCUUGGAUUUUGCUUCCCAUGUAAAUCUAUUGUAUUAUUACACUUGCUAUAAUUUUAACUAUUAAAUCAUAAAGGUCCAGUUGUUUCACAAAGCCAGUUGGGGACGGGCUGCAUUCCAGUUAUGCUGUAUAUAGUUUCAAUUAUAUAUAAAUUGCCCCUUCUCUGGCUACCCCUGCCCAUCUUAGUAUUUUGCAAGAUUUAAUUAGUUGUGCACCUGGUGCCCCUCAUUUGCCUCAGUCAUUGUUAUUAGAUGGGAAAAUAGACCUCUCAUUGAAGGAGAGAGAAAAGAUGUGGCUCUGAUUGGUCUCAGAAUUUUUUGAGUUGUGCCAUUCAUGGUACUUUUUGCCUAUGCAUCUCCUUUCUGGAUUUUUGGGGGUGUCUUACUAUUUUUAUAAUUUCUGUAGGGAAGAGGCUUUUGACCAGUACUAAUCUUGAGUACAGUUUUUUUUUUUCUUCUUCUUUUCUGUCCACAAGUAAAUUAAUGUCUGCUCUGAAAUGUCAUUUAUCUACUCACACUUUGUUCGGGGGAGAAAAAUCAAAUAUCAGUCCUAGCAGAUGUUGCAUGUAAAUUGGUAGCAAGUAAUGACUACAACUCAGAUGAUUAAGAAUUUUGUAACAGAAAGCUCUGCUAUGUUUUAAUUUUUAUAUACAAUUAUGAUUAGCACAUCGUAAGAUUAUAAACCUUUGCUUUUUACAAGUUUAUUUUUACUCUUUAUCACUGUUUAUCAUACCACCAUUGGUUUCACAAUGUAAAUAUUAUACAUUGAACAAAUUAAAUGUCAAAUUUUGUAUUACCAUAGUUCAUGUUAAUAGUGGGGCUUUCAGGUGUCUAUAAAGAUUUUUUUGGUUAACAUUCAUUGCAAAAGUACUAGAUGGUGUAUAACUCUAGAGUUGAAUUUGAAGGGAUUCCUAAAUAUGUAUACUAUCUUUUUAUCUGAAGUAAUAAAUAAACUAUGAUCUUGAAAGUGCCUGAAUCAGA